AUGGACCCGGAGGAUGGGUCCAAGUCAUCAUUCAGGUGGCCAGCCUCCGUAUUCCCGACGUCACCGAUCAGAGCCAGCACGCCCAAGAGGAAAAGUCCGGUGCCCAGCUGGAUAGAGAAGGGCCUGAUCGUCCUACGGCAAGUGGCCAGCCGGAACGAACAGACCCCAGAAGGGAGACUUUGCCAAAGAGAGCGCUCGCUCAGCAAGUCGGCUCAGGCCAUCAACCGCUACCACGGGAAGAUGAGAGAUUUCAACAAGGACACCAGCCCCCAGGACAGCGGCUUCCUGUCUGAGAUGGAGGAGCUUUGGCACAAGUUUCUCACACGUCCGGGCCGUCCCCAGUUCAGCGCCAGGUCCACGUCCAUGACCCACCAGGGUUCAGCCACGACUCUCGCUCUGCCCGAGGACACGUGCGUCAGCUCUGAGACCUGGAAGGUGACUGAGGACCUGCUCUCUGGUCAGGAGGGCUUGGACAUGAAUGUGGACGGCUGCCGGCUUCCCUUUAGUAAGAGUGCCUGCGAGUUCAAUUACCUUCGGAGGACGAGUGAAUCCCAGGUGUCGAGCCCGGCCCCCAGCAGCCCGGUCCUAGGGCAGAGCUACCCAAGGAAGUGGGUACCUUGGUACGUCUCUGUCAUCCACGAGAAGGACCGGUGCCUGUUUGCACUGGGGAAGGAAGUCCAGCGCCUCUCUGAGCUGGAGGUGCAGGUUCAGAAGAACGACGAGGAGAUCCUGGCUCUCCAGGAGGAGAGGGAGGCCUUGAGAAAGCAGCUGAAAUGCUUCCUGAAGAGCAAAAGCCAGGAGGCCUCGCUGAGCGAGGUCAUGAGGGAGCGGCCGUCGGAGUCUGCGCCGAAGCUGCAGGGGAGGCUGAGCACCCGCAGAACCUUCUUCAGAGCCGAGGAGGAGCCGGAGAACAGGCAGCAGAUGCAGGGAGAGCAGGCCGUGACCGACAGAGGCAAGGACCUGGAAGGGGGCAGCUACGAGGAGGAAGAAGGCCUGGAAAGGGAGGCCGAGCAGGCGGCGGCCGCGGAGGGGGCGGCAGAGGAGGAGGAGGGUGGGAUGGAGCUGGAGGAGGAGGAGGAGACGCAGGAGGAGGAGGCCGCGGGCACCGGGAGGGCCCCCUCCGGGGCCGACACCUUCGAGGAGGAGCUGGUAGCCCAGCUGGAGGAGUGCAAGCAGCUGGUCCAGGAGUUCCGCUUCCAGCUGGAGGUCACGAGGACCAGACACUCCCUGGCGACAGGAGCCGUCAUGUCUUUGCAGCGACAAGUGGGACUCCAAGAAUCCCGGCUGCACAGCUUCAACACGGAGAACCAGCUGCUGCAGAAGGAGUUGUGGCAUCGGAAGCAACAGCUGCACGCCAUGUCCGACAAGUUCUCCAACCUCCGGGAAGACGAGAAGCACGAGGAGACGAUGGGUCUGAUCGAGAAGGACAACCUCCUCCUCCGACCGCAAGUGUCAGAGCUGGAGAAAGAAGUGGUCAGGCGGGGACAGACCAUCUCGGAGCUGGAGGCCAAGGUCAGCCAGCUGCAGGCCCAGGUGAACCAGAGCCAGGGCCAUCUGCAGAGACGGAAGCAGCUGCAGGAGGAGAUGCGGAGCAAGAACGCGAUGAUCCAGCAGGCGGAACAGCAGGCCCGCGUCGCCCUGGAGAGCGCCCAGUCCAGGCUCGAAAGACUAAGGAACAAGAUCAUCCAGGCCGCCUGCAACACCAUGGGAUUCGAGUCCUUGGCCACCGAGAUCUCUGACAAUGACAUCCUGGAAGCCUUGCAGAGGAUCAUCUCAGAGAGGACUGACUACUACAACCAGUUGAAACAGAAGGGGGUCAAAGUGCCCCCCCUGCAGCAGUCGGAGAUCUUAUCCUCGCCCAGCAAGUCCAAGAAGAUAACCUCCAAGUAG